AUGAAUAUUAAAGAAAUAGGCGCAAGGCUUAAAUCAUUCGGCCAAAAUGAUUUGAAUGAGGAAUUAGAGUUUCUAACAAAUAUCAGAGAUCAUAUUGAGCUAUAUACAACUGACAAACAAACUUACUUUUCGUUCCUAGAGGAAUGCUUAGAUGGUAUCAGAAACAUAUUGCUAGUAAAUGACACAGCAAAAAAACACGAUUAUAAAAAAUCAAGUAUAAUAUGUAUGGAAAUUAUAUCAUUAUUACCUCAAAACGAAGUUAUAUCAAACCACUGUUCAGAUUUAGCGCAGCUGUGCCUACAUUUGUUGGAUAGGGAUACAGAUGAUAUCGGGGUACUUGCAAUUCGUAAUUUAGUUUUUCUACACAAGAAUUAUACGGACAAAUUAGAAAAUUUGGUUGAAUCCUUUCUUGGAUUUGCAUCUAGAUUAUGCACUGAUGUACAACACACCUUACCACAGCUUAUUCAGGAAGUUAUUUCUAAUAGAAAUAAUAAUUCUAACCUAGAAGGACAAGAAAUUUAUAUUCAAAGUGGAAACUCAACAAUUAAGUCAGAAAGAAUAAAUUCAGUAAAUGAAGAUCCUGAUCAACUUUUCUUUCGUGGAGGGCUUUCAUCGACCCUACCGGAGUUUACUGAAAUAACAAAUCAAGUAAGAUCAAAUGUUCAUAGAGGUUCUGCUACCACUGGUGUAAAUAAUGCAAAUCUUACUCAAAAUAUGAUCCUUCCAUGCCACCGUUCAUUAAGAAUUCUGAUAGAAUUACCACUGGCUCUAUUACACAUUUUCCAGCUAUAUCCUCAUUUUAUUGAACGUUACUUUGCUAUUUUUGCUCCAAACUUGGUUUCUUGCUUAAAUAUUGUGAGUCUUUUCCCUAGAGAUUUCCACCCAAAGUUUAUGGGGUCGCCUUGCAUAUCCCAAAACCAUACAAUUAAUCAAUUAAAAAUAAACCCAGAACAAAUCCCAGAAAUAAUGCGUUCUUCCUCAUUUAAAUCUCUAGUUCAAGACUACAUGAUUGCAUGUAGCAAAAUUAUAUUAUGGUUUGUUCAUUUUUUCAGAGGUUUCAAUGGUGACGAACAUAUAUCAGAGACUCUAAGACAAACUCAGUCAGCCUUUAUACAGGGGUUUAUUCAGGUUUUGCUUUUUUGCCCUCCUUAUUGUCUUCACCAACGCCGCGAGAUACUUGUAUGUCUUAGGAGUAUUUUGAGUACUGAGUUUAGGCAGGGAUUCUAUGAGAGGAUAGAUAUUUUAAUAGAUGAAGCAGUUCUUAUUGGGCAUGGUCGUACAGGUUAUGAAACACUUAAAGUGUUAUCUUCGGCAAUAUUGCAUGAGAUCAUUGUAUAUUUAAGAGUCGAACACUCUUUUAGUUCAUAUUGCAAUAAUUUGAAUCAAGAUUGUUUCUUUGAUUCUAUAAUGAAAUGCUUACAUUCUCUAACAAGAAACAUUUUAGACACAGCACUUCCUUUACCUGCACAACACUAUUGUAUCAGAUCUGCUGCAUUCUUACCAGAUAUAUUAAAAAAAGAAGGUUUUAUUCCUAGUAGUAAUACUCAAAGAAAUAUUAUUAUUCGGGAUAUUUUACUGAAUAUUUUGUGUGUUUUCUCUUUGAAAAUUCACCAACUCCGACGUCAGAUUUACAAUCUAGUUCUUGUGUCUAUGGAUAAGGAGCUACCAGAAUUACCAGACUCAAAGAUUGAUUCAUUCUCAUUCACACCUUUGAAGCCAUUAAUAAAGGAUUUCCUUGAUGAAUUUAAUGAAAUUUCUAAUAUCGGUAAUUGGCUGGAUAACUCAUUUUCAUACGCAAAUACACAGAUUGGGCAUUGUGAAGUUUCCAUCACUGGUUGUAGCGCAUUAAAAAAAGGACUUGAUCUUGAAAGUGAUACGGAAAAUCAAACCAAGCCAUUGAUCAUUGAUAUUUUAAGGGAGCUAAGACCUAUUCUUCGUGCUACAAUAAUUGGUGCACGUCAAACUAUCUUCCACAUUACAACUUUGAACAGAAAUACAUUUUCUAACAAUAACAUUAAUAAUAAAAAUCUAUUAAACAAUACCCCUUCAGGAGUAGUUGGUUCAAUAAAUAACAACACAAGCAAUAUUGAUAUUACGCGUUAUGAUGUAAGAAAACUUGCAAACGGUGUAAUGCUAAAUGAGACUGAGAGUAAAUUACUUCAAAAGAUAUUAAUUGAGGGUAUAAUUUGUAGUGUUGAGUAUUGCCAAUGUUUUCAAUAUACGAUGAGCUCGUCAAGUUUGGUUACAAUAAAAGAAGGUGGUAGUGAGUGCCAGAUAAUUCCAACGAGUUCUUUAUUCAUUCCAAACAACACUACUCAAAAUAAUAAUGGCCCAAAUCAUCUUAGCACUACUUUAAGACAGAAUAACAGCAUUAAGUCGCAUCAAAACUCGCUGUUGUCAAUUAUGCCAGAAGAGAAAGAGCUUUUGGAACUUUUAGCAUCCGUAAUGUGCUAUAUUCAUCCACAAUCGUUUGGGGAUAUAAUUCAAGCUACAUUCUCGCUCUUAUUUGAGUGGUCAACGAAUAUGAGCCCACAAAUUUCUUUAAUAUUUCAUUACUGGGGAGUGCAACAGCACACCGCAAAGGCAUUUUAUGAAUCAAUUCUACCACAUCUAAUGCUAAAAUUAGAUACCUUAGCUGUUGAACCAAACUCUGAAUUUACUGAACUAAGAAGUAAAUUAUUUCCUAUUCAAAUUUUACUUAAAUCAUUGGAUAGUAAACAAUUAUUUUCUGAAUUUAGCCAAUACGAUAUUUCUACAUUCAUUGCGCAGGCGAAUAAUAUUAGCAUUCCUUCAACACCGCUUUCAUACUCAAUAUACCCAACAGAACAUUGGAAGCUUGCUCUUUCAAGAUAUGUGGUGGACCCGCAUAUAGAUAAUAUUGAAAACCAUUCAAAGAUACCAUAUUCUCGUGGAAGAAUCUCUCAUUUUGGAACACCAAUACAAUUUCCUGAAUCAGUUCAAACUAUUAUUGAUCCUAGAGAUGACCCAAAUAAUUUAAUUAAUUUUGCUCCAACAGCUGCACCACAUGGAAAUCCGGAUGAUCAUCCUUUCCCAUUUGAUAUUCUAACUCAAAACAUUAAUGUUUCACUAUUUCAGAUACAGAAGAAAAUUAUCGAUUUACCAAUUCCAGAUACUUUUAUUUAUGGGGGAAAUUCAAAUAAUUUAAAAAAAGAUAAGCCCAAUGAAAUAGCAUCUGGGCUCGUAACUACUAGGCUACUAAAACAGCUCUUUAGAUAUAUUGGUCAGAAUCCUCAACAUGAAACUAUUCUAAUUCCUUAUGUGGUAGAUCUAUGCACAUUAUGCACAUCUAUGGCAUCUAAAUAUCCAAAUAAUAUAUUUUUUCUAUCAAUCUUAAGGUCUUUGUUUAGAAGUAUAACACCUGGUGGUAAAGCAUCUGGUAUUUAUAAGGAGUUCCUGGUUAUUCUUCCUUGGUUCUUAGACACAACUAUUAAAAUGCAAAAAGAAACUAAGUCCCCUUUUCGCGAGAUUUGGCUGGAAAUUUCCCUUACAGUUCCCGCAAGACUCAAGUCACUGUUACCUUAUAUGGGCCAAUUAAUUAGUCCAAUGCUAAAUGCUCUUGAAAGCAGUGAUCCAGAACUUGUUUUAUUGGCACUAAGAAGUUUAGAUCUCUGGAUUGAUAAUCUUCAUCACGACUUCCUAUAUCCAAUCCUUACAAAUUCCCUUCAUCAGCCUCAUCGAUUUCAGACUAGGCCAUCAAUUCUUGUUACACUUUGCAGAUUAUUGAAACCCGCACCUCCAAUUCCUUUACCUGUCUCCCAAGUAUUGCUAAGUAAUUUUCACAGAUUUAAAAACAAUAGUUUAUCCUUCUAUGCAUUGCAAUCUAUAGCGUUUCAACAUGCAACACUUGUUGGAAGAAUUUUAGGAAAAUUGGGAGGUAAGAAUAGAUGGUUUCUAAAGGAUUCUGCGAUUUUAGACGCAAAUGAACCUUUCGAUGUAAGAUUACCGAUAUUAAUUAAAUCUGACCCAAUCAACAAUAAACAACACGCAACUUUAUUUCUCAGAAUUGACGAUACACUACAGCAUGUUUAUAAAUACUUAUCAUCUAUUCAUAAUAAAGAUUUUUCAACUUCCAAUCGAACAGUUAAUAAUAUCUGUAAUUUGCAUAUAAGAAAUUUACUUUUAAUUUAUCUGUCAAUUUUUUGGACUAAUACUGGAACAAUGGAGCCCAUUAAAACAUAUUUCAACUUUUUAAAAAAUUACCUUGAGAAGCAUUCUGAAAAAAUUGAGAAUCCAAAUGAAACAACUCCCUUUACUAUCGACUAUAUUUCUGAGUGCGAUAAUUUGAAACCAAAACCAUUAUAUGCGAACAAUCUCGAGCUCUUUACUAAAACACUUGUUUUGGCAUCAUCAUUUAUUGAAGAAAUUAAUGAUUCUGUCGGUGAUUAUUGCAGUGGAUUAACAAAUUAUUUAGCAAUUUAUUCUGCAUCCAGGUCAUUUAUUCCCGAGCACUGCAAUUUGAAUUUAUAUUGGUCAAAUACCAAAACUGACCCAGUUGCACCGAUUUUGUCUGCUUUAUUUGACACAAUUGACAUCCAAUUUACAGUUUCUCAUUCUAACAAUUUAAAGUAUGUAAACCCAAGUUACAUAGCUCUUGUAGCUAUAAAAAAUACGGUCAUUAUUUAUUAUAAUCUCGUCGAAAAUUUUCCAUUAUUAUACUUUAAUAGGGCUUUUCAAACUGCUCAACUUCCAAGUUUGCUUGAGUCAAAUAUUGUGAAUUUGUGCUAUGAUAUCUCAUGGAGCAAAAAAACAGCUGCAUGCAUGUUAAUUAUCGAACUACUUAAUCAUAUUCCGCCUAUUUGGGCUCAAACAUAUUUCCAGAAGCUUACAGAGGCUCUCUUUUUCAUUUCAAAAGACUCUGGGACAGAUAGCAAUCCUUUUGCGGAAAGAUGUUCUGAGGAUGCAUUGGAUGCACUCAUUUAUUCUGUUUUCACCGGCAUAAAACCUGCAGCACUUUUUGGCAAUUGUGAUAACUCUAAUUUUAAAAUGAUUAAUUUACCUCUAUCAAAAUAUGGGGUAACCAUUUCAAAAAGUAGAUUAUCUUUAUUAUCAGGCGAAUCUGUUAAUAUAAAUGAUAGAAAUUGGGAAGAUUUAUUAGCUAUUAUAAAUGAAACUAAUAAUUUAAAAAGAAAUAAUUCAGAUUUAUGGUGGAACAAAAGUUAUCGUGUUUAUAUGGAAAUGCUAAUCAUUGAAUCGAGAGAUCAAUGGUAUUCUGGAGUUGCAAAACGUGAAGAAAUAAUGAAUUCUUUAAUCAAUAAUACUCCUACAGACGAUAUUUUGGAUAUUUUGCGCAAGCAUUUAUUCCAUUUAUGCGUAAACUCAAUAACCCCAAAUAUAUUAUCUUUGAGACCUGCUUGCAGAAGAAUGGCACAAAAGUGUCUUAUCACUUUAUCAAAAAUCACUGGUGUUUCUGUUGCAACUUUGCUCAAUACCAGUUUCAGUAAUCAAUCUGGAAAUAAUGAUACAAAUAAUCACCUUAAUACUACUUCACAAACGACUUUACUUCAGCAGUUGUUAAGUAGACUCCAGACCAAAUUGAUUUCUACUUGUAGUACUCCAUACCAGCUUGCUUUCUUAGACACUCUAUGCUUUAUAGCAUCUCUUAGGCCAUCACCUAUUGGAAUUCCGUCAACAAUUAUCAGAAGGUUUGUUGAAGAUGUGUUUGUUGUAAUAAGAGAUGAAAUCGACUGUGAAAUGAGUGAAUCUCAACAAAAAAAUUCCAACAAUAACUUUUCUCAAUCUAAUAACCAAAUGAAUAACCAGAAUAAUAAAAGCAAUCCCGAGUUUAGGAAAAACAGGGUACAAGUUCAAAUAUAUUCAAUUAAGUUUUUAAAACUUAUACUUCUUCAUCCGAAUUGGUCUGAAUUUCUUAGAAGUCGAAACAGUCCCUCGAUUUCAAUUUCUGUUUCUGCAAAUAUUUCUCCCAUAAUUUCUCCAACAACUCCUUCAAACUGUUCAAAUCCUAUAAAUCAAAGUUCUCACUACCAACAAAGCAAUCAAAUACAACACAGUUCUCAAAAAGCAAAUAUUAACCAAAAUAUUCAACUUCAACAGACACAACAAUCAAUUCCAGCAUUGGCACAACAAAUUGCCACAAAUCAUUCAACACAGAUUAAUACUCAAACUAAUCAUCAAAACCUACAAAAUGUAAAUCAAACAAAAACACAGUAUACACACCAAAUCUAUCAAAAUCAGCAACAAGCAAAUAUAAACCAAUUCCAAAUGGGCAGUCAGUUAGGAAUCAACCAAACGAAAACAUCUCAAGAUGAACUUAGAUGGAAGAUCAUUGGAAUUCUUUUCCGUUGUGUUACUAGAAAAGAUCUAGAAAUUUGUAAAGCUGCGCAUCAUACUCUAAAAGUUAUUGUAAGGUUGGAAAGAUAUUUGAUAAAUACGGCUAAUAGCGAGGAUUCAAGUAAUACGUCGAACGUUUGCAAUACAUCCAGAAAUAAUUCAUGUAACAAUCAGUAUGAGCUUUUACCUGAAGAUCAACUCAGGCAUUGUCUUAGACCGGUACUUGUUCAUUUAGCGUCUGCAACGAAAUUGACAGUUCAUGUACUCCAGGGAUUGGCACGUCUUUUGGAGCUGCUAUGUUUUUGUUUUAAUGUAACUUUAGGCGAAAAGCUUUUGCAGCACUUGCAAAGACUUUGUUGGCCAAAUGAAUGUCAAAGAGAAGCACCAAAUCCUGGCAGUCAAGCAAACUCUUCUCUAAGGCAAGUUCAAAAUUCUUCUACAGGAUUGGCAAAUACUCAAAUUGAUAGUAUUAAUAGAUAUGAAGAGGAUCUACAUAUGGCAAUUGCAAUGGUAUGCAUUUUUCACCUGUUACCUCAGGGAUCUGACGAAUUUGUAUCAAAAGUGGUCGGAACAAUAUUAGGUACUAGAAAUUUUCCAGGCCUUGAUAGAAACAGCAAUACACAAUCUUCAAUAUCAUCAUUCAUCACGUCAUAUACAACAUCUAUGACGAUUUCGUCACCUUUUCGUCUUCCUUUAGCACUUUUUGCUACUCAUUCUCCGCAUAAUGUUGUCUUAUUUCUAAUUCAACAACUUGCUUCUGAUCGGUAUGCUAAUUUCCUAAUCGACUUGAUUAAAAUGAGCCCAUGUUCUGUUAUUCGAGUAAAACUUUACCAACUUAGAACUCAACUUAUCGAAGCUACAGUAAAUAGGGUAUUGGAGGAGGCAGAAAAUAUUGAGAAUAAACGUGACUCGUUUGUCCCGACCACAAAUUUUUGCCAAAUUACAGGAUCUUCAUUCCAAUUGAAUGCCAACAACUCCGUUUCUGGUGCACAGAAUAUCAACAAAACAAGCCAUAAUAUUAUUCCCGUCUCUCCUGCAUUCACUGAAUCAUAUAGUAGUGCAUGGAAUGGAAUAAGAGUUUUAAACAGUCUUUGUGAAGAAUGGCCAAGCUUACUUGUAAUCGAUUUCCUUGAGUAUUAUGCAUCUAGUAACAGAUCUGCCUUAACAAUGAUUGAUAUAUUAUUAACUAUGUAUAAUACAAUUUUUAACAGGCUCAUUGUAUUUACAAAGGGUGGAGGAAUAUCUACACAUGGUAAUUUUGAUAAUAAAUUUGAACUAUCAUUGGCAUAUCAAGGUACUGUAGCAUGGCAACAUCCUUGGAGCUUUUUUCAUUCAAACGAGUGUUUUAUGUUAUAUAAGAUGUUGAUUGGGUUUUAUACCGCAACAAAUAAUCUUGAGAAUGUACAAAAUAAGGAAUACCUUGAAAAAAACGAUCAUGGCAAAAAAGUAGGGGACGAAAUUAUUAGCGACAUUCUAUCUGUCCAGAAUUCGAUGAAAAGUGUCUUAUUUUCGACGAUAAACCUUCCUUCGAACUCCUCAUCAAUUACAAACUAUUCUCAAUCUUCAGCUUCUUUUCAGAGACAGAAUCUAAGUGAUGAUCAGGGCUUUUCUAAUAACUUUUCACUGAAUUCAUUACAGAGUCUACAGAAUAUACAAAAUUCAAGUUCUAAUCUGAACUCUUCUUCUCACACAAAUAACUCGCAAGCUUCAAUUAGUUCAAUAUCUAAUUCUACGUCAAAUAACCAAGCAAUAUACCCAUCUCAGGAAUUAAUUAUUUCAUUGCUUUCAACAAUUAUUCACGGACAGGAAGUGAAAGAGCAUUUAAAGAGAAGAAGAAUCGACGUUAUUUUGACAAUUGCAACUCUUUUUGGUACAAGUUCAACUCUUGAUAGUGGAGCUUUUCGUGAUUUUCUCAUUUGCACUGUUCCAAAAACCCUCGCAAGCCAAGAAAAGCGUUUACUUUUCAACCAACUUAUACAGAGAUAUUACCCUAAUGGGCCUAAUAUUGAUACUUCUUCUAUUCUACCAGGUACUCAGAUUGCAUGUAUACAACUUAUAUUAAUCCCACUAUUAGAAUAUGAGUUCAACCGAGCCAAUUCUAAUGAGAAGAACCAUUUUUCCAAUGAAGAUUCGUGGUUAAAUGACUACAUUUGUGAAGGUAUAAUAACUAGAAUAAUACUUCCAGGGUUGGAAAGAGGUGUAAUUCCAUUACAUGGAACUAAUGGACUUUCUGCAACAGACGAUCCUCUUAAAAUAGAAAUACUUAAACUUCUUAUAUUACUUGUGAAAAACAAAUAUUGUGUCGAGAUUUUAUCUAAUAGCAGAAAAAGAAUUAUUAAAGAUGUAUGGAAUAUCUUGAGAACUGAGUCUUCUUUGCUAAAAUCAUGGGGUUACAUUACUAUGUGUUACUUUGUAGAGAAAUAUCCAUUUCCGGAGAAAAUUUUGUUUUCAAUGCUGGUAGCGCUAACCAGACUUUAUGGAGUUUCUGAAGUUAGACUUACUGUUAGAAGAGCUUUGAAUUUAUUCAUCCCACUAUUAUAUAAAAUUAAACCAAUAAUUAAAGAUGAUCUAUUAAAUAUAUUUUCAUCGGAAAAUGAAAAUAAGAACUUAUUUUCGCUAAUACCAUCGCCUCCUAAAUUAUUGAUUAAAGACAAAACACCUGAAACUUUGUUUUCUAAUUGGCUUAAGUUGAUGAUUGCAAUAUUAAUUCAGGACAGCUAUAAUCUACCUUUGCAACAACAACUGUAUCACUGGAACAUUAUUACACUUCACCCUAAUAUAUUCGUAUUUGAAUUCAUUUAUUUUCUUUCUCCAAUUUUGUCAACUUUGACCAAAUUGCUAUGGGGAUUUAAUUCAGCUGGUCAAAAUAAUUCUCAAUAUACAAACACACAAUAUACAGGGAGUACCUCAGGAAUGCCAAAUAACUUUAACCAAUCUACAAUCGCAUCCAACAAUAUUUUUAAUGUUCCCUUUUUACCUGAAAUGAAAAGAAUAAUUUUCGAUGUAUUAACCGUAAUUACAAAUUGGGUUUGUAAUUUUGAUGAUGAAACUGAUUUCGAAAUUUCCAAGAAUUGCAUUGAUCCAGAUGGGAGUUUAGAAAUAAAAAGGAGAAGAAUAUCGCAUUCUAUUAUUAAUCAUGAAAAAAACAACCAGAUUCCUUCUUUGGAAAAAAAAAGGGAGACUACAAAUGUAGCAAAUUCAACCAUUGAUAUUUCAUCGAUUCCGCAACUCUCAGCAUUGUUUAAGACUGAAGAUGACAAAUCGACUAUUUCUAUAGUUGAUCUAAUCAUAACCAUUUGGUUCAGGCUUGCCUUGUUGUCAUCUAGCACUGAUCACAAGAUUGUUGCAAAAUCAUUUAAUACUAUCUCAAAGAUUUUGUUAAUGUUUCCAGGUUCUAGGGUACAACUCAGUUGGUUGGAUAUAGGUUUCAAUUUAAAUAAUAAUUCUAAUUUCUCAUCAAUUUCUGCUUCUGGUAGAUCCAACCUUUCGCAAAACUCUAACACAAAUGGCCAAGGAUUAAAUAACCAACCUCAAUCUAUUUCACUGAAUUUCAUCGCUUUUCAAUUGACACUUAUCGCAGGACUUCAGGUCUUGUGUGUAUAUCAAUCAUUUAAGAUAAUAAUUAUGCAGUUAGACUCAAUUUUACAAAUUCUUGAGCCUGCUUUUGUUUCAAAUGAAAAGAAUAUUUCUGAUGCGUUAUAUGUAUUAAUAUGCAAGUUAGUUCAAAUUGUUCCACAUCCUUCAAAGCAAUUGCAGGAAUCUUUAAACAAAAUUCUGAACUGUAUAUAUUUAAAUGAGGAAAAUAAACAAAGUGAUGAUCGGUCUAAAGAGUUGAAUUAUUAUUAUAUUAGUCAUUAUAAAGUUCCGUUAUCAAAAAAAGUGCGUGCAGAUAACAGGAUAGAUUCAUUUUACAUUAGAUUAAUCGACAUCUCAACUUCUGGUAUUUGGUCUCUAGUUAAUCAAGAAUUAUCGGUAUUACCUGAGUUUAUUCCUUUCAAAACUACAUCAAAUAGUCAAGAUAAUAUUUUUGAUAAUAACUCAAAUUUUAUGAAUUACACAGAACAGAAUGUGAAUUGUUCUGGAAGAAAUGUCUCAUUUUACACUUCCACCAAACUUAUUUCGUCUUUUUUGGUUCUAGGAAUUACCUCUGACAAACAAAAUUUGGCUAAAUCCAAAGAAGAGUUAUUCAACACUGGUCUUCUAUUUCUUAGAUAUUUUUCUCCUUUAAUAAUCUAUAUAUUGGAUAAGACUUUAGCUUAUUAUAGUAAUAUAAACCCGCAAAAUUUAAACAACUUACAAUCAAGCAUUUUGUCUGGGAAAUCUAAUUUAUCAAACUCUAGUAGAAACACAAAUAUCUCAAAUUCAAGAGUGAACAGUCCAACUUUAAACCCCGGAAGCUCUAAUUUAUUACAAAAUUUGAGUGGGUCUAAUACUUCCAUACUAACUAACUGUACAGAAUUAUUUCAACUAAUUUUGGUAUCGCCUUAUUUUACAUUCAGAGCCCUAGAAAACGAUCUCUUUAGACACCAAAUUAUUUUUUUACUUCGUGAUUUUGGACUAAUUACAUUUCAGGGGGGGGUUGUUCAUCUAUUGAUUAAUAUUCUCGGAAGGUGGAUAUUCAAUACUCAUUUAGAUAUUAAUGGCUACUUAUUAGAAAAACUGGAAGUUAAUACAGACGAAAGUUCUAAUUUUUUUAAUUUCGACACUUUAAUAACUAAUAAUAGUGAAUUAAUUGAGUCUGGAAUUCAGGAACGAAAAAACACCAAAGUGUUUAGUUUAGAUGAUAUUUUGAGAUAUUAUUCUUCAAAUUUCGAAUAUCAAGUUGUUCCUGACGAGAUAACAAUCAAGGUUUUGAAAUACGAAUUGGUGAUUUCACUUUUGACAGGCUGGUCACUAGUAUGUGAUAGAAAUCGCCGAUUUGAGAUGCAUUUGAUUUAUCAUUCGUUCUUAGAGGAAAUUCUCAAUAAUCACGAAGAUGAAAUUUUAAAACUAGUUUCUAAUUAUGAAGAAAAACUUAAAAUAGAAUUUGGAAACCCCUCCAAUAAUGUUUUAAAACAAGCUAAUCCAUUCAUUUUAACGGACAAGGCACUAACACAACUUGAAAAAUGCGCAAUUUUAGGUCUAGCUUCGCCCCAUCCAAAAAUAAAACUUGGAAUAUUAAGAUGGUUCAAUAGAAAGCUGCCAAAAGAUUUGUUUGGAAGGCUUCGUUAUUUGUUCACAACUUCUAAUUUUGAUGUGCUCGCGGAGAGACUAUAUAUUACCCAAUUCUUAGAACUCUUAAUGCCAGCAUUGAUGUUAUGCGAGAGUAGCUCGAUAAUCAAUAGCAAAAUGGGAGGUUUUCCAUCUAUUCUUCCUUCGAUCGAACAACAAAUUGUUGAAAAAUUGGAUAAAGCUGCGAAAGAGAGUUGUAGAUCAUCUAAACCUGUUGAAUUUGUUAAUAAGUGUAAUUUAACGGAGGUAGAAUUAGAAUGGUGGGAACUGCAAAAUUUGCAGUUAAAAGGACAUUAUGAAGAUGACAACGUGAGUACUAGCAGUAAUGUGUCUUUGAUGGGUAUAUUGGGCAGCUCAAAUAAUGAACAAUCCAAUUCUUCGUCAUUCAUGAAUAAGAAACCUAAUAGUUUUGCUAUUGACAAAAUUGAGUUUAAUUUAUUAAAUGAUAUCAUUGAAAACCUAAGACAGAAUCCAAAGUUAGCAAUUGAAUCUUUGUUGUUUUUCUCCAGUACAAGCGAAGCAAUUUCAAUUUCUCUUUGGAAAACUAUUUUUCCGUGGAUUUGGGACAACUUGGAUGAUCGAAGAAAAAGUGAAUUAACAAUUGAUAUUAUUGAUUUUCUUUCUAAAGAAAGGCACCAAAGAGUGAGUUCAGCAAUGCCUUCUGAAUGGACAAUACCACAUGUAAUACUUGAAUCCUUACUAGCAUGCGAUACACCACCUAUAUUACCACCAACUUUACUUUUACAUUUAUCAACUAAAUUAAGAUGUUGGCACAUUGCAUCUAACUACCUGAGCAACCAAAUGAAUAUAAAUAAUUCCAAAUUGAGUGUUAAAAAGCAUGAAGAUCACUUUUUUUCUCGAGUUAACAGUAAUACUGAAUAUGAUAAUAACUUCAUUCAAGAUAAUGGGCCAGAUCAUUCUUGGAUGAUAUUAGCACAAAUAUAUGGAGAACUACAGGAAGAAGACAUUGUUAUUGGUAUUCGGAGAUCAUUUUCAAAUUGUCUUGAAACUCAUAUGGGGUUAGCAUUAAUGCAACAGGCAGAGUGGAGUAAAGCACAGGAAAUAUUUUACAAUAAUCUGGAUGUCAUGUUUAAUUCAAACUUCAAAACUAACGAUAAUAACACAGUUGAUAAACAAAACACUUUAAAUUGGGCAAGAAUUUUUGAAAACUCUGACUCAUUACCAUUAAAUAAUGAAACAAUGAUUUGGAUUGAUAGUUGGGUUGCCUGUGCAAAGCAUUUGAAUCAGUGGAAUACACUAAAUGAGUUUGCUAAAGAACGCAGAAAUCCUCAACUUCAAUUGGAGUGUUCAUCUAAGCUACAAGAUUGGGUAUUGGUCGAGAAAUUAGUCAACAAAUAUAUUAUGCAUAAUCCCAUUACAAAGUUGUGCCAAGCAUAUCACUCUUUAUAUGACUUACUUUUGGGAGGAAUUAAUAACAAUUGGAACGUAACAAGUCAAGGAGCUCAAGAAUCUUUAUCUAACUCUAACAUCACUAUAAGUGGCCAAAAUCGAGUAGGAAAUUCAAUAAAUGGUUUAAAUAUGAAUAAUGGGGUUUAUUGUCAACCAUUUCCACAAAAUGUAAUUCAAAAUAACUCUUCAAGAUCAAGAUUAACAGAAUUUGAACGUCAUUGUUCAAUUGGUUAUAGAACUGUGCUGAAUUUUUGGGCAAUGCUCCCAAGUAUAGUAACUACAUGUCAUGUUCCGUUAUUGCUAAAUUUCCAACAAUAUAUAGAGUUGCAGGAAGGAUUUAGACUUUCCUCUGAUAUAGAAAGAAAACUGUAUCCAGACAGUCCGAACAACAAUAUGAAUACCUUAAAUAAUAUUCAGAGUAGUGCUAACUUUGGUUCUAAUUAUUUUAUUCAUCAUACAAACACGAAUAAUUUGGUUCAAGGUUCACAAUCUAUACAUUCAAAUACAAACAAUUCAACCCCUGGAUAUUUUGAGGCUAGAAUGUUGAACGUAUGGAGAGAUAGAUUACCAAAUAAAUGGGACAGCAUGAUAUUAUGGAAUGAUCUUUUUGUAUGGAGGAACUUUGUUUUCUCCAUCAUUAUGAACCUAAUUAGUAGGUCAGACCAUUUAACUUCUCAGGCUAAAUCUCUUUGGCCUAGCUAUCUGCAAGACAUGCCUUGGACUAUGAUAAAGUUUGCAUCAAUUGCAAGGAAAUCCCAUCGCUUACCCGAAGUUUCAGUUGCACUGCUGCAAAGAUUACAAAACCAUUUACAAGUUUCAGGAGGAGAUGCAUAUAGGGCUGAGACAUUUCUUGCAACUUUAGAAAAAGUCAAACUUUGUUUAUCAGAUACUACUCAAUUAAGAACAGGCCUAAAUAUUCUUAAUAUGACAGAUUUUCAAAAAUGCCCUGAACCUUAUUUUGAUGAAUAUAGAGCAGAAUUUUUGAGGUUAAAGGGGAUAAUUUCUAAUAAAUUAUAUCCAAAUUAUUAUAUUGAUGGUGAUGCAACAAAUGGUGGAAAUUCAGUUACUGGAAGCAACUUGUUAAACUCCGAGCAAGGACAUACAGGUCUAAAUAAUGCGUCUAUGUCAGGUACAAGCACUUCGGUUGUUCGUGUAAAUACUGACUUGCUUUCUUCCUUGAAAGUCUAUCCACUUUUCGCAAGGGGAUGGAUCACCUGGGCUCAAUAUACAGAUAGAUUAUUAUAUAUUCAUCAGAAUAUGAGCUAUGCGGUUAAUGCUGUGAUUUCUUAUUUAAUGGGGAUAUAUUUAAGGCCAGACAAAUACUCCAUUUUACUUUCAAGGGUACUUUGGUUGUUACCCCAUGACUCUCCUGAUGGAAAAUAUCUUUCAUUAGCAUUUAAAAAGUAUUCAGAUCAUCUACCUUGCGCUGUUUGGCUUCCAUGGAUCCCACAAUUGAUAGCUGGAAUAGAUAGAAUUGAAGGAAGUGCUAUAUUGCAUAUUCUAAAUAAGAUCGUAUUAAUGUUUCCACAAAGCAUUUAUUUCAAUAUUAGAAGUAAUUAUCUCGAGAAAAGAGAAAUGGCUCACAUGUAUUGGUAUUUAUCUUCUAAUUCUGAAGGUGAAAAUGCAAAUCAGGGUCCACCGCCUCCACCUUCUUCCGGAAUUUAUCCAAGUUUUAUUUCUCUGGGAUGGCAAAGAAUUGAGUCACUAAUGAACACAUGCAGAAUUAGGCAUGGUGCAUUAACUUUGGCUCUUGAACAUUGGGUUGAAGAUAUAGUAUUGCAUUGCAAGCCUGACCCUCUUGAUGAGCUCUUGUGUGCCAUACGAACUUUAUUCCAAAUGACCAUUGAAAUUUCUCCAAAUUCUGAUGAAACAAUUAUCACUCAAGAAUCUAAUUUGAACGAUACAAAAACAUCGGAUUUUUUCCCAAAUUUAGGAACUCAUUUCUUGGAACAUAAUAUUAUUCGAAGAUAUGAACAAUUGCUGAAUAAAUCUUCAUCUUUGAACAAUAAAUCAUUUGAAAGAUCAAAAAAUAUUAUCAGACAAUACUGGAGUGAAUUCAAGAGCGACUUUUAUGUUUAUUUAUGUAGUAGUACAAAUCCCCCUAUUGAGAAGGUCUCAAAACAUUUGAAACUUGACUAUGUGCUGGAAAAAUUAAAGAAAUGGAAAGACCAUUUUUCAAAAUGUACAGAGAGGUAUUCAAAUGAAAAUAUUAGAGGAAAGUCAUUACUAUCGGAUUUGUCGACUAGUCUUUGCGAUCUAUUCCACAGAAUUAAUAUUCGUUUGGAAGUUCCCGGCCAGCAUUUCAGAAUUGCUUCUGAAAGUCUUUACUUAAGAAACUUUGCUGUUUUGGAAAAUUCAAAUUGUAAUAAUCCUAUUGGCGGAGUUCUAUAUUUACAUAGGUCGCUACCUACGGUCGAAACUGUUGUAAGACAGUCCUACACAUUAAAAAGAAUCGGAUUUAUAACUUCUAGCGGAAGCAUAAUACACUUUCUAAUUCAGCCAUAUAGUGGACUUCAACAAAAGGUUGAGGAGCGCAUUCUACAUCUACAAGUUACACUAAAUACACUUCUAUAUAAAUAUAAAGAAACUAGAUCAAGAAAUAUUUCUUUUGCAAUACAGCCUUGUAUACCACUACAUCCACGCUGCCGUAUAAUUGAGGACACAGGAAACAAAAAGAGCUUUACAGAACUUUUUGAAGAAGAAGCCAACAGUAGUAACAGUACAUGCCCUAUAAAAGACUUGGACUCACCAAUAUCAAUCCAUAGAAAACUUCUCAAUAUCUCACUGAAAAAGUUGAAAAAUAAUAAUAGUAGUUCACAGCUUGAGAAGGAAAUGCUAAAAAUUUAUGGUGAGCUAUGCGAUAAUUGGGUACCUGAUAACAUACUUAAAAAAAGUAUUUUAAAGAAGUUCAGCUCCCAUGACCAAUCAUUUUUAUUUAUAAAGCAAUUUACAACCCAUUUGGGUUUACUCUCAAUAUUUUCAUAUAUACUAGGUGUAAACGAUGUUACGCCCGGUAAGUUGUUUGUUUCAUUGGAUACUGGACAAGUUUAUCAAUCUGAAUUAAAGUCAUCUUAUGUUUCAUCUACGCUGCUUAUUGAUAAAACUGAAAAGGUUCCCUUCAGAUUAACAAGAAAUAUGGAGCAUUUAAUGGGUCCCUUUGGAAAAAAUGGUAUCCUUCCCGGUACAAUGCUUGCAUUUGCUCACUGCCUCCAAAAAUACGAGUUCCAUGUAAGAAAUCUACUUUGUUCUUUACUCAGAGACGACUUACAUGCAUUUUCAGUUCAUAGAGCUUUACAAGUCCCCCAGAAUCGUAAUUUAUAUCAUAAGUCAAGUAGCUCCUCCACUGAAUCAAACUUCGAAAAUGGCUCACAACAAACAAUUAAUUCGACUAACACAACGACUGAUCAUUCUCAGAACGCAAUUUCUCAUGUAAUGCAACAAAGAUUACUUUCCAACGUUGAAAUUAGGGAGAAAGUCGACAGAAAUGUUCGCAGGAUGAUGGAAAAAAUAGCAUUAUUAACGAACCCUAGGCCAAUUAAUGAUAACAACCUACUAAUAGAUAGGAGCGUACUUGAGCUUAUUGAAUGUUCUACAGAUCCAAAAAAUCUGUCUGCUAUGAAGCCGACAUGGAUGCCAUGGUUAUAG